AUGAUUAACCAUUUAAUGACAAAACGAUUAAAAAUAUGGGUAUACAUUUUUCUCGCCUACACCACGCCUCUAUUUGCUAUGAGCACUGACUUAAAGAAUGAUAACCCUGGUAAUGAAACAUUUAGUGCAUACAUAGGAAAGGGCUACAACAUCCUAUUUGGUUAUCCAUUACCAAAUAAUGAACUCAUUGAAGAUCCUGGAUUUAGAAAAGAAAUAUUUGAUACAAGAAAUUCUCUAGACAUAAUUAAUAAUGUUGCAUGUCAAAAAGACGAAUAUUUUAGUUUUGUAGAAGAUAUUAAUGAUGUUACGGAGUUAGCAAUGGAUAAUAUAAAUGUUGAAGAAUUGAAUACAAAUAUAAUUCCAUUUUCAGCAUCCAUGCCUUAUAAAAGCUAUUUUACCGAUUUAGAAAUAAAAAGGAAAAAAUAUAUAGUUGCACAGAACACCUGUGUGCACACUUACGUAACGCAUAAUUUAAGAGAUUCUGCUAAAAAUAUUAAUAAAGAUUUUUUACUAGUGACAGACAAGUUACCCAUAUUAUCAAAAGAAAAAAUCGAAAAGGAAUGCCAAAAGAUGCUGUAUCUUUACAAUUCUAACAAUGAACGUUGUUCAAAAAGUAUUAGACCAUGGGUUGAUUUUUUUCAAAAAUAUGGGACACACUUGGUUGUGUCUGCACAUUUUGGGGGAAAGACCUUCAAUUCGUUAGAGAUUUCUUUGGAUAAAUUAGAAGAAAUAAAAAUAUAUAGCUACAAAUAUGCCAUCCGAAAUGUUCCGUAUUUGAAUGUAUUCAAAGCGCCAUUGCUACUGCAGGAGGUUGUUAAAAGGAAGGGACGUGGUGGUGGUACAGGUUUGAGUAGCGGUUCAAGUAGCGGUUUGAGUGGCGCUACAAACAGACAAGAUGGAGAAACCCGGAGAACGCGAAGGAACGUCAUAGAAGGGAAGAAUUCCAGCUUAGAUAUUAAGGGGGGAAACCAAAUGGAUGAAGAAUGGAAGGAAUUAACUUACGAAGUUUGGAAGAAUUCCAUUUAUACUAAUAUGCGUCCAGUUCAUCUUGACUUAAUUUCAUUAAGCUCGUUCAUGCGUAUUGAAAAAAAACAGUCGUAUGACAUAGGAUUGGCAUAUUAUAAUAACCUAUAUAGCAUGGAUAAAGAAAAUUAUUAUCUUUCGAGAGACAUUACAGAUGUAUUGUCUGAUGGAAAACAAAUUACGGGAUCAGGAAAAGGUUCCUUGAUUUUAAGUUGUCCUGUUGGUUAUGUUAAAAGUACUGGAUUUAUCUUCACCUUUGACACAUCUGAAAAGAUAAAAGGUUCUAAUGGGAAGGAAGGAAGGAUGAAUAUAUACCCAUGUCAUAAUAAGGGGGAAUAUGACAUUUCCUGUUUAUACAUAAAUAAAAAUGUUCAUGUUAUUUCAUUCGGAUGGAUGUAUUGUGUAAAGCACAGUUUUGUAAAAUUUGAAACGAUUCACGCGAAAAGGAGUUAUACAUCACAUGGAAAGAAUGCACAUGGAAAGAAUGCACAUGGAAAGAAUGCACAUGGAAAGAAUGCACAUGGAAAGAAUGCACAUGGAAAGAAUGCACAUGGAAAGAAUGCACAUGGAAAGAAUGCACAUGGAAAGAAUGCACAUGGAAAAAAAGCGCAUGGAAAAAAAGCGCAAGGAAAAAAAGCACAAGGAAAAAAAGCACUAGAAAAAGAAACACUAGAAAAAGAAGCACUAAAAAAAAAAGCACUAGAAAAAGAAGCAAUAGAAAAAGAAGCACUAAAAAAAAAAGCACUAGAAAAAGAAGCAAUAGAAAAAGAAGCACUAGAAAUAAAAUGUUCAGAUGGAUAUACCUUAGCUUUUGGGUUUAAAAUCAAAUUAGAAAAAGAGAAAAAUUUGGAAAAUGUAAAAAUUAAGCCUUGCGCCCUUGGUGAUAGUAAGUGUAUUAUUAGUCACACCAAGAACAAUUCGGAAUAUUUAUUAUGGGGAUUCUGUGUUCCAUUAUCAUUUCAUAGCAUUAGAUCAUUGCAAGUGACAUACAUUGAAGAAUCUCAUGUAACUAGUGAUGUGCAGGGUUCCUGUUCAGACCAAUACAAAAAUAAAUAUGAUAACAUAUUUCUUGGCUUUUCCUUUUCCUUUGACAAGGAACUAGAAAACUUUGAAAUGUUUCCGUGCACAAUGAAGUCCAAGCAUUGUGUCAGCAAAAUCGGGAAAAAAAAAAUAAAGAACUACAUUGGUAUGUUACUUCUAUGCAGAAACGAUGGUGGUGUAAAGAGGAAUUUUACCCACUACUAG